AUGCCGAAACGCGUACUUUGUUUGUAUGGUAUUGAUAUCGAUGCCGUGAGUAACAACAUGUUGAGGCUGAACACGAAGACUGAUGCUCCCGCGAAUCCCACUGGCGUAUCGCGGGGUGUGUUCGGCGCGACAGUAGGCAUCGAUCGUCUCCUGAAACUCUUCGACAAGUACAAUAUCAAGGCGACAUGGUUUACACCAGCGCAUACUGCAGAUGUGUUUCCAAAACAAAUACGCAAGAUCGUUGAGAAAGGACAUGAGAUAGGGCUGCAUGGGUAUACACACGAAUCCGUGUCUUUGUUAAGUGAAGAGCAGCAGCGAGACGUUCUAGAAAAGAGCAUUCAAGUCUUGGAAAAUAUCGAGUACGAUCAUUCUUUCAUGCACCACGACUCUCAGCCGUACUAUGUUCCUUCCCCACAUCACGUCACAUAUACAGAGACCGAUCUAUCAAAGCCGACUUCUCACUGGAUGACACCCAUGUCAACGUUGAAGCCGUCUGCAGUGGUUGAGAUACCUGCAAACUGGCACCUGGACGACUGGCCGCCCUUCCAGUUAUCACUCAUGCAGCCAAGUACUCAUGGCUUCUUAGAUACCGCGGUCAUCGAACGCCUAUGGAAGGAACAAUUCGAAUUCCUGUAUCGCGGAUGCCCCAACGACAGGAGCUUCAUUCUCCCCAUUAGUAUUCACCCGCAGGUCAGCGGCAAGCCACAAGUCAUCCUACUGCACGAGAGGCUCAUCGAGUGGAUCAAUGGCCACCAAGGAGUAGAGUGGGUUACUUUUGGGGUUACUGUCGACGAGUCCAAAAGCGGUAAGUUGAGCGGCGCGACUGUAGAGGGUGGAGCGGACGUGUAA